AAGAGCCGCGCCUGCGCAGGGGGGGCCGAGCUCUAGGCGCCGCUCGCUCCCUUGCUCGCCUCCUGGCCAAGUUGUCCCGGGGCCGGGAAGAAGUUGGCGGCGCGGCCGGGCCGCUCGCUCGGGUCCCCGCCGGCCAUGGCGUUCCGCAGGCGGGCCAAAAGUCACCCGCUCUUCAGCCAGGAGUUCCUCAUCCACAACCACGCCGACAUCGGAUUCUGCCUAGUGCUGUGCGUGCUCAUCUCGCUCAUGUUCGAGGUUACAGCGAAGACUGCCUUCUUGUUUAUCUUACCUCAGUAUAAUGUUAGUGUGCCUACAGCAGAUGGUGAAAUUGUUCUUUAUCACUACGGGCUGAAGGAUUUGGUCACAAUCCUCUUCUACAUAUUUAUAGCAAUAAUUCUACAUGCUGUGGUCCAGGAAUAUGCCUUGGAUAAAAUCAAUCGGAGGCUCCAUCUCUCCAAGAUUAAGCAUAGCAAGUUCAAUGAAUCUGGACAGUUGGUAGCAUUUCAUCUUGCCUCCAUGGUCUGGUGUCUAUACGUAGUAAUAACGGAAGGAUACUUAUCAAAUCCCAAGAGUUUGUGGGAGAACUAUCCUCAUGCUCGUCUCCCGUUCCAGGUCAAAUUUUUCUACCUUUGCCAGCUGUCCUAUUGGUUGCAUGCACUGCCUGAACUGUAUUUCCAGAAGGUGCGGAAGGAAGAGAUUCCUCGUCAGCUUCAAUAUAUCGGCCUCUACUUGGUGCAUAUAGCAGGAGCAUACCUCUUAAACCUCACACGCCUGGGACUGAUCUUGCUGCUGCUGCAGUAUGUAGCCGAAUUCCUCUUUCACAUGGCUCGCCUUUUCUAUUUCACAGAUGAAAACAAUGAAAAGCUGUUUAAUGCAUGGGCAGUGGUAUUCGUCAUCACCCGGCUUUUCACCCUCACCCUUUCAGUGCUAGUCGUUGGCUUUGGGUUGGCUCGGGUAGAAAACCAGGCGUUUGACCCUGAAAAAGGAAACUUCAACACUUUGCUUUUCAGAAUGUGUGUGCUGCUUCUGCUGUGCUUCUCACAAGCCUGGAUGAUGUGGCGCUUCAUCCACUUCCAGCUGCGGCGCUGGCGGGAGUACUGGAACGAGCAGAGUGCCAGAAAAAGAGCAGUAGCAGCUGCCCAUGGCAAACAGCAACUGAAAACCAUAAAAAGGGAGUCUGGCUAUCAUGAAAAUGGAGUAGUAAAAGCAGAGAACGGUACCUCACCACGCACCAAGAAGCUCAAGUCUCCAUAGAGCCAAAGGACAGCCUGCAAGAGGUUUUGAGGAGGAGAUGGAGAAUGCAAGACUGAGGACUCUGGGAAUAAGAAGCAGAUUUCUUCCUUCUGGCCUUACAAAGCUCCACCUCAAAUGGCUUGAACACACUGUAUGAAAAGAUCACGUUCUCUCUUGCCAGUUUGCAAUAACCAAAAAACCCCUCUUCCUUCCUGGUGGGGUUUAGGAACACCAAACACUUUCCCCCAGCUAAUGUGUUACCUUCUUGUGCAUUUUUCUCUUCACCAUGUUCUUGCUUGUUUUCCUGCACCUGGGAAUGUUUUGCCAGUGAAUUUUUCUCACAAAUCUAUCCUCAGUGUAUAGUUUUCCCCUUCCAAUUUCACUGCAUCUAGUGGUGCAUUGGUCUGGGGAGAGAGAGCAGCUGUAGGAUCUGAUGAGUUGUACUGCCAUGGGAAUAGAGCCAGGGGAGGGGCAUUAUGUAGGAGUUUUGAUUGUCUGACUCUUGAACAAGUGGGGUUUCCAGGAAAUGUUAUUUUGAGUCAUGAUCAAGGAACAAAUAUCUAAAGGUGCCGUUUCUGUCUGUACUUCCUAAUUCUGUAAUACACCCCAUAAGCCUAGUGAAAUGUUUAGGGACACUGUAGGCCUUCACAACAUGAUGGAAAAAUGCACCCUGCAAAGCCUUGUCUCAAAGGUCAAAUGCUUCCCUCUGGAUGCAUUCUUCUGGAGAUUUAGGCAGAUACAAACAUCUUCUUUGUAAUGCUUCUUCCAUUCUACAUGAAAUAGAAUUCACUGAUGUUUGGGCAAGAAUUGUCUCCUGUAACUCCUGCACAGAGACCUGCUGACUUGACAGUGUAUGGUGGGUGCGCAGCAUGUUUUCCCUCUCCACUGUCUUAGAAAGUCUCUCACAACAUACAGUGCCUUAGUGAAGGAAGCAGCUUUGUUACUCCCAACUGCACAUUCUUCUGUGAUAGUCUGUGAUUUCUUCAAUGCGGGGGGCGGGAGAGAGUUGCCAUAUAUUUUAAUGUUUAUGUAACAGUUUUUGUUGGUGAACUGACAUGAAUGUCAUGACUGUGUCCAUUCUACUUAGGUGCUCCUUCCAUCCCAACACAAGAUGAUAAUAUAGGGUUUUUUGCAGUUAGCCUGUGCAUAUUCCCUUGGAAGUAGGUCCUGCUGUGUUCAUUGGGACUUACUCCCUAGUAAUUGUCAUUCAGGUUGAAACCUAUGCCUUCUAUAUAAUUUUAGUUUCCCCUUUUUAUAUGUUUUACCCAGCGCCUUUCCAUUCUGUUUGCCCCUUGUGGGUGCUGAGAAUGUUAUUUCUUCCCCCUCUUCCAAAUAGAUCACUUCCAGAAGGGGCACUGGGCAAUCCAAUUCCUAGCUCCUUAAUUCCCCUGUGUCAUAAUUAUGAAUGUGGGGAGAAGGAAACUAUCUUACGGGGAAUUGUUUUCCACCCAGUUGAUCACCUAUUCCCAAAGCUGGUGGAUAAUGUUAAGUUUAAAAUCUACCUCGAAAGCCACUCUUUUGUAACUUCUACAUUUCCUCUUGUUUCUGAAGUGAAACUAGAAGUGGCAGAGCAUCAAGACAAGGGGAAUUGUUGGCAAUUGUUUUCAGAAUGUGGUAUCUCUUCUUUCUACUGUUGAGGCACCUCAUGCAGCAUGGCUAGUCUUGAGUACUACAAUAUGCUUUAAGCCACAGUGCCAUUGGUUCAUGUUAGGAAUAUUUUCUCUGUCAAGGUCUUCUGGAUUUUAGAUAAUCACUUAAUCGAAAGAAGGGAACUUGAGACUUCCAUUCUCCUUUGCCGUAAGUGGUGAUACAUAGCUUCCCUGUGGAAUUCUUUUGUUUCGGCCACAGUACCAUUUUUUCCUGGUUGAUACGUGGUGCAAAUAUCUGUUUUUGGCAGGGUAUGAGGAAAAGUAGAAGUAAAGAAUGGUAAAAGUGUUAAAUAACCAUUUAUGCUGAGUGGAUAUCCUUUCAUUCUGCUGGAAAACCACAGCUGAAACUUUAAGCAAAGGACACAGGACAUCAAAUGUCCAGAUUACCAUUUUUAAAUUGAUUUUCCAAAAUGAGGAUCUUUAAUGUUGUACAGAUUUCAGUAUUAUCUUGUGCAUGUUUUUUUUCUGGGAUACUUAAAGCAUGUCUGUGCAACUUAUGUUCCAAGAAAUCAAAUGCAACACACCAUCCAUGUGUUUCCUACCAAGGAUACUAUGGGUCCUCCAGCUUCCAAUUGCAAAACCGAAGAGUUGCCCCAACCAUGGUAGGCCCACAAUGUGUAUGGUUGGUAAGGUUUGUUCAGGUUAGAGGGCCACAAGUACAAUCUUGUCCUAAAGCUUUUAGAAAUGUUGCAUAGUAUGAGGUGAGCAAGACUCCCUAAGCAGCUUAUAGCAUUUGAACUGCUGUAGCACCAUGUAUAUCCCUGUCGUCAUGCUUUUAGUAUUCGCUCUAUUCCUGAUUGGUACUUCUUGAGAGUAUAUGUAAUCCCCCCUCCCCAGGUCUUGGAGUAUCCAGACUACAGAUAUUCUGAUUUGAAGCAAGCCUUACCACUUCAUGCCUGUCAUUUCUUAGCUCUUGUUGAACCCUACAUAUACCUCAUCUGCUUGAUUUUUAUAUAGGAGUGAAGGACUAAGCUGGGUAGACAAUGGUGCUAUGUAGGUCGGGUUAGGUUAAAUCAGCAUGAUAGAACUGUGAGUCAGCUCUUCUUGUUGAGCCUAAUGGAAACCAGACCUGCCUUCCUUCUGCCCUCCUCCCUCCUACAAAUAACUGAUCACUGUUCCAAAGAGAGAGACCCUUGUUCAAAGAUAGGACCUCUCCUGACUCAGUUUGGCUCUUGAGCUGCUGGGACUCAAAAGAGGAUAACUUUUUAAAACUGCAUAAAAUUGUCUUUAGCCAGUCCAGUUUGCUCAGCUACUUUCUUCUUGCACAAGUUAAGCCACAGUGUAGCCUAUUACAGUUUUGCAAGUGCCUUACAAUGCCGUAUAGCCUUUAGUUCCUUUUUAUCUUUCAUAUUGCUUCUAUAUAUGCAUUAGUGUAUUUCACAUAUGUACACUAGAUUAGUAAUUAAUUCAUAAAAGGGACAGCUUUUGCUGAACACAUUGCCUCAGUUUCUAUGCCUUUUGGGCUCUAGGUAGGAGUUGCUUGGUAAGUAUAAACCUCUUUUUCAUUGUAACAGUUUUAGAAACAAACAUCAGUGUUGUAGUAUAACACAAGCAACAGUAGCAUGAGCAGGCUCGCUUGGUUCCAUAGGAGGCCAGAUUCCUCUGCUUGCUUUUAACUCCAGGUCAUUGACUCCGUUUCUGAAAUCACAUAAAUGAAAUUGUAAGGAAUCUCACUUCUGUUCUGUUCUUGAAGUCCUUUUGUGAUAAGUGAAGAUAGAAUUAGAAGUUCUGUGAUUCUUCAUGCUUGAUUUUGGUUCUGUGCCCUCCCCAAGCCUGCAUUUCGAAGCAGAACGGAUAUAUAGCAAGCAUAUUGGCUUGCCCCUUUUCCUUCAUGACACAUUUCAACUGAAAACUGCCUCUUGACCCUCUGAAUUCAUCCUUAAAAGGGAAAAGGUAGAAAUUGCAGACAGCUUAGCAGAAAGCAUUAUGGUAGGAAGCAGUAGCAUCUCUAUCCCAGUGAUGUUCUGCUUCAUACUAGCUCAGAAACUGUAGUGUGCAUGCAUAAGAAGAGCCUCCCUGAAGCAUUACAGAGCUACAGUACAUGUAACAUGUUUCUACGUUUUGCAGGAAGAAGGGGGAGACAAGCAUGGCUAAAACAAUUAACUCUUGGUUUCUGAUUCAGUGUUAUACUCCCAUUGCCCAGCACACUGACUCCCAGACUGGCCAAUUAAAAAGCUUACCUGGAUUUGUAUCCCUUUUUGGUGAUCUCAUCCUGGAAGAAGGAAAUGGGAAAAUAGUUUGCCUUCAGUGUGCUCAGAUUUCAGUGUUUUUUGUGAGAGGUCUGGUUUGUUUUGAACUCAGUCAUGGGCCUCCUCUUCUUGCAUCUAUUCUGGUUUGACAAAGAAGUCUCAUAGCACUUUCUUCCUGCCUGCCAUGCCCUAAGCUGAUUGGAUUAUAUGUAGCAUGAUUCUGAGAUCUAACCCUAAACUUUCCAAAGUUCAGUAAAUAGAGCUUUGCACAGCAGGGCUUUAAUAUCUGUAUUCUUAAAAAUAGCUUAAUUCUUUUGUUUUGUUGCAAGUACAGUAACCAUCUAGUAAAGCAGUGAGGAGAAUGGAAGUCCUCUUCAUUAUCAGGCCCACACAACAUUUAAGUGUUUAGUACAGUAUCUGCUUUUGGAAUGUAAUACAGAUGCUGUGUAAACCUACUUGUAAGAGUUGCAGAUGUAAUUAAGACUCUCUUCUGCUUCCAUUGCUAAUGAUCAAAAACAGUUAAUUCUACAUCUGAUUUUUGUGUCUUCCAAAAGGACAGUCAUUCCUAUUCUGAAUGCCCAGUUACAACCAGGAAAUAUUUAUUGAGGGAUUUGUGUUUUUGUUUGUUUUUUUUUUGGUUAUCAUUCAGAAACCAUUAUCAGUAUCAGUGUUCUGCAAAUGAGUACCUGAGGCAGAGUACAGUUGAAGAUGAUGUUGGAAAUGUACAUUGCUGUCCCUUUUCCCCAUUAAUAUUUCUAAUUACGGACCAAAUUGAAGCCAGGAACAUGAUACAAAAUCCCUGCUCUUCCAUACUUUAAUCUUGAUUGUUCCUGGGAGGAUUUUCUUCUCGAUCAUAUUUCCCCUCUGCCAUUAAAAAAUACAACUUGUAUAUGGACUUUGCUGUUGUUAAUCCAGUUUUUAUAAAAGAUAUUUGUGACACAGUAUUUUCUAAAAUAAAAAAGGCAUAGAAUAAU